AUGUAUAGUGACGGGGAUCGCAAGACCAUUUCGGAGCUUCAGCGGGCAGCAGAGGCCACACGGGCUCGGAUUGCAGAGGAAAAAGCGCAGCUGGAGCGGGUUCUCAAGGCUACUGCGCGGGCACGGCGCUUGAUAGACGAGUUGUUUAACCUCUUUGCGCGGGAGUUAGAAAAAGAGGAGCGAAAUGCCCUCAUGACUGUGCUUACUUCCUUGUCGGAAGAAAUUAACCUCAGUGAGGUUCCGCUUCUCCCAGUUGCGAUUGCGCUGGCCAACGGUAAUCUGGAUAGUGCCAAGUACCUCCGGGCAGCGGGUAACCGCUUCGCUGAUGACAGCUCAGUCAUAUUUUUAGCAUAUGUCCUACGCUUUUCCCCGGCAAUAUUGCAGGUGGAGCUGCUGGACAUCAGCAGGACAAAGGUAACUGAAAAGGGCCUCGUUUUCCUCCUGGAGAUGAUGGCGGAACGGAAGAAGCCCUUUACCCUCAUCGCAACGGACAGGGUAUCACCGGUGGUUUCACCACCGGGGGACUACAAUACACGUUUUGAAGAGGCAUUGCGAAAGGUACGAAAAAAUGAAAGCUGUACUGUGACACUUUGA